AUGCUGCGAUUGCUUUUAGUGAGUUUUCAUGCUGCCUCCGCUGGAGCGAUUCUCUUCGGAUUUUAUUGGACGCACCUCAUUGGCAUGCUUUCUUUGGCAGGUAUUGCAAAAAUGUUUACAUUGUGGACUGCUUGUGCAUUGGUUGUGUACUUUUUGGCAUGUGUUGUGGAGGAUUUGGUUAGGUCGGGAUCAUCAUUUUCCAAAACGUUGAGAUCCUUGUUGAGUGAUUUCUUUCAUUUGACUUUUAUCAUGUCGGUCGCUACUGUAAUUUUAUUUUGGUCGAUCUAUUUGUUAAAUCCUGAGAAUAUGGUGCCCAAAGGAUUUUAUUAUCCAGAUGGAUUGAAUCAUAUUCAUCACACUCUACCUCUGGUCAUUGUGUUAAUUGAAAUGAUAGUGGUUCGAUCGCGAACUGAUUUACUUGAUGGUUUUUGGACACGAAAGUUUUAUUUGAUUUGUGUUGUUCCUGUCAUUUACUUGUCUCUCACAGGUUUGACACGCUAUCUGAAAGGCACUUUUCCUUACCCAUUUAUGCAAGCUUGGGGAGUUGUUGAAUUCACCAUAUUCUAUGUUUUCGCCACCACUCUUGCCAUUUUCAUGCAUUAUGUUGUUUAUUGGUUUGUGAAUGCAGUUAAAAAGCUUCCCCUCAAAGAAAUUGGAUUAGCCAUCAUUGAUACAGAAUUAAAUUUCGAAAUUAUCGAAUGA